AUGUCGAGCAACAUCCUCGUCUCCACUCACCUAUCCUCUCUUUACUCACCUUCUCAAGUCCCGACCAUAUCAAUUCACACAUCCAGACGGAAUACUCCACUACCGCCUUCUCGAAAAAACUCAGAUCCUGCAGAGCAUGCCUUGUCUUCAUCUCUCUUCAACUCACCCGAGACUGGAACCAUACUAGUCCGCCUAAUCCACGACGGCCUCAUUCUUGAACUAGUAUCGCUUACUACGAAUGUACCACCGAUUCGCUUCGUCUUCCCCUCCCCCGUAUCCCCAUCCCCAUCCGUCUUUCUCUUUGAAUCUCGCGAGCUCCAUCUGCUCGCAGUCACUACGUUCGGCUCCCUUUACCGUCUCGUGCUGCCCAUUCGUGGCGGGACCCAGUUAUGGAGUGAACAGAUGUCUAAUAAUUGGUGCCGCGAGUACCAAAUCAAAAAUAUGCAGGAAGCUACCCCGGGGAUCGUCCAGGUUCAGGGCCCGCAUUGCGUCGCUAUUGCUCUUCACAAUGGUUCAUUGAUACGACUCGAUACCGACUUCAUAGGAGACAAUUCGCUUGAUGACCAGUGGACAGAAUCGCUGUUCCACCACACCUCAUUCCUCUCUUCCCUCGCCUCAUUUCUACCUGGCCACCAAGGCUCUGAUGAAGGCUCUCACGUUGUAUCCAUCUGCAGCCACCCCCAACCGACUGACAUGGGCCACAUAUGGACGCUCUCUAGGGAUCGUACCCUCCGACUGUGGACCGCCCGGAGCGGCUGUGUUUCAACGAGAACGCUUCCCUCAUCUUCUAGCAAUGGAAGAGAAACAGCGCCCUUGCCUGGUUCAUCAACGACAGGGAAAGCUACUGUUUUUCUUGACCCCGAACCUCAGAAGCUUUUGUCUGCAUUUUCUGUUAAAGCGCAGUCCGAGGGUUUAUAUGUACUCGUCUUUAUCCCAACACCUUCCUCUACGGUCUCUGGAGGUUUCUUCCAACUGUUCACAGCCGCUAACGAUUCACUCUCGCUAGUCGAGACCAUUGAAAGCCCCAAGGACAGUGUCCAUUGCCACCUCCAAGAUUUCUUCGUUGCCGAAGGGCGCUUAUAUACGCUGUGGGACUGUCAAGCCCGUUCUAGUGUCCACAGUCUCGACCUGCCCUUGUCCGAUCAUGACAAUAUCUCGGACAAUAUUCCAAACUGGCACACAGCAGCUUAUCCUCCCGAGUCUGAAUUGACGCCAACGUAUCUAGACGAAUUGCUCCUCUCUCCUGGGUCAAUGACCGAUAAAUUCUUCUCUGCAAUUAUGCAACCUGGUGUCUUCUCCCCACUCACCCUUCGGACGGCGAUUGAUCAAUAUACGGACGCGUGCCUCUCCCUUCCUGGGGCCCCUGCACCACAACUAACGUCAUCGUAUGCCUCUGUUGCAGAUAAUAUCACAGCAGUCGUAGGCUGCACCGUCAGCUUGUCGAAAGAUCCUCUCACGGGCGCGCCUUUGUACGACCAGUACUGGAUCAGCCUAAAACGUGAUUGGGAGGGCUUCAUAGCCAGGUGCCGGGAAAUUGAGCGCAGCGCUCGAUGGCCGCUCGCAAUCGGCGUUGGAAACCCCGAUGUGGGGGAAGUGGUGGUAAUUGAACGUGAGCGAGCGGGUAUACUCGCGCAAGAAGACCUGGCUCUUCAACUGCAUCGCGCACUCUGCUCUGGAGUACCUCUGGAACCACUGUACGCUUUAUCUGAAAUCGCGUGGACUUUGCGCUCGAAACUCGGCGCUCGUCUUGUACAGAUCCUCGAGGGUGACAUCCAUGGCCUCGUGCAUGAAGAGAUCGCAUUUUCUCUCGCAGAUGUCAUUCACAAUAAGGCACAACACUCCAUAGAGGACAUCGACGAAGGGUUGGAAAGUUGGAUUUUGGGCGGCUUACAGAGUAUCGACGAUCUUGAUGCUGCUACUCGACUCGUACUUGAUAUCGUUGGAGGAUUCGAUACAAUCAUCAAACGUGAGGAGGAAGACACAAGAAAUCUACCACGGGCCACAUGCAAAUGGGCGCUUGGUUUGACCACUGCAUAUUUGACCUACACCAUUCAUGCUCGCUAUGAGUUCAGCAUUUGCUUGAUCAUCCUCAUCUUCUUCCUCUCUGAAGAACUACCACAAUGGGAUCCUAGCCUUCUUGCCGAAAUUUUCGCCGUGUUUCGUGGUGUCGCCAUGUUGCGCUAUACGAGCCAACAGUCCUCUGGAAACGGAGUCCCUUCAACAGCGGGCAGUCGAGGAUCAUUCAACCCCGAUGACAUCGUUUCACGUCUGCAUAGCCUCGAGGUUUCUCGUGGUAGUACGACUUUCGCGAGUAAUUCGCUCCUGCACAACAUGUUAGCACGACUUGGUAGCAGUGGACUGUCCCUCCCGGGUGCUGCACAUGAAUUCUUGGAUCGGACGGGCCUGCUUCAAGAUACGUCGCCUGCCCAUGCGUCGAUGUUGAACGUCAUAUGGUGUGACCACCUAAGGCUGAUGGGCAACUUCGAUGCCGCACGAGAAAUGCUCGAGUGGUUGCCAAGGACGCCAGCUGUCAUGUACGUAUGGGCACGGUUGUGGUUGAAUGUUGGACGAGACGAGGAUGCUGCAACUGCAUUCGACAGCAUUGCCGGCAGCUUUGGCCCCAAUAACGCACUCUCCUAUGAGGAUUCCGGCGCUCUGCAGGCUGUUCUACCGGGAGCUAAGCUAUUUGAUUCCGACUUUGGCUUCUAUGUUCACGCCUCCGCCCUCUUCAAGUCAGAGUCUCUGAUCAAGCAUGACAUUCACUUUUCCCGCUUGGCUUUGUCAGUUGCACCUCCAGAAUGGGAGACGGCGGAGUUGUGGUAUUGUGUGAUCAAGGGCUCGAUCGACCUAGGCUACUAUGAUGAUGCGUACAGUGCUCUUAUGUCCGCUCCACACGACAGAUUGAAGCGGGAUUGUAUACGCCAGCUAGUCUAUCGCAUGUGUGAAGAGCAUGCUAUCGAACAGCUUGUGUCAUUCAAUUUCGGCAAAAUCGUGGAUGAGGUUGAGGAGUCUCUCUCGUUCAAGGCUCGCAAUGCAGAUCCCCAAGUAAGGCCCUUCUAUUCGAGGAUCUUAUAUACAUGGUAUAUUUCACGCGGCGACUACCGGAAAGCCGCUCUUGUGAUGUACCAACGGGCAACGAAGUUGUCAACCGUGACAACCGAUCUAUCGCAGUUCAUAUCAAUUGUGGAGCAGCAGUUGGAGGCCUAUGCUGUCUCUAUGAACGCGCUAAGUCUUCUGGAUCAGAAGAACGCGUGGAUCGUUCUACCUAUAUCUUCCGAAACCAGCCAGCCAGCUCACAAACGGAGAAAACUCACAAAGCACAUCCCUGAAACUUCUUUUUCUAACGGCAAACGGGACUCUGAAAUUGUCGAACUUUCGGACAUUGUGUACGAGUAUACUUUGUUGUCGGCAAGACUUGAGCUUAUCCGGAGAGAUGGUUCUUUGCUUCCUACGAGCGAAGUCUUGUUGUCGCCAUCAUCGGUCGUGCUACGAUUGGCACAAGCCAAUCGAUUCAAUACGGCCAUGGCAACUGCACGAAUCCUCCAGGUAGACAUGACAGAUACCUUCUCACUUUUGACCCGACAAUGUCUACGGCUGUCUCACAGCCCUGAUGCAGUACUGUCGGAGGACACGUCUGACUGGCUGCUCACGGACAAAGUAACUUCAUGGCCCGGCACGCCUGCUGACCGCGGCUGGCGAUACCUCAAACAGUGUCUAAAGUGUCACGAUAGCGCUGAGACAGACAUGAGCUACUCAAAGGUUGUCUUUGAGACGAUACUGAGUUUCGACAGAUCCUCUCCGCCACCGUGGCUUGUACAGUCCAUAGAGGAAUUUCAUCCUGACUGGCUCAUUCGGAUAUACUUUCGGUUUGGAAUCUUUGAGUCUGUGCUUGAUCACACGACAUCCCUGAUUCGGACUGAGGACACUAUGCUGUCUCGCAACCCACCAAAAACUGCGAUGUCUACAUGGCUACCGUACACCUUAAUUGACCAGGUUUUGGUUGCCACUGCAGAUGAAUCGAGCCUAUCUGCUCGAGCGCAGGCCCUUCGGCAAAUUUUGCAUACCGAGUUGUCGAACCGGACCAAACGCAUGCAGAAACUCAGCCAGUUGUAAUGAGUUAUAAUGAGUUCCCUUGAAUCGUUUUUCGACUUGGGGAUAUAUCCCUGCGUUGCUGGUUCUAUUGCACGUUUGUUUGUUCGCUAUUGCUUAUACUUUAAGACGCUAGGAGUACAGGCUCCUACCCAUC